AGGCAGGAAGCUCUUACAGAUAAGGCUGCAGCCUCCAGCAGAGGCGCUGGGCUGUCUGACAGCCCAGGCACGGGUUCCCUCUGAGUUGGACUGCAGCUGUCUCUGUAAAUAAGCAGCCAUGAGGCUCUUUGAAGCAGUAUCUCUGCUAGCCGGGAACCGUCAGGACAGCACCUUCGCCUAGUGUGCAUCCAGGUAGGAGAUGCUGCUCCAGGAUACCAGGCCAGGAUUGGACAGGUGUCGAGGAGUCAGUGUCCUGCCCGCGCUCAUGAUGACGAGGGACCUGGCUCUUGCAGGCAUGCUGAUUAGCCUGGCUUUCCUGUCACUGCUGCCAUCUGGAUGUUCUCAGCAGACCACAGAGGAUGCCUGCUCUGUGCAGAUUCUGGUUCCCGGCCUCAAAGGGGAUGCAGGAGAAAAGGGAGACAAAGGAGCCCCAGGACGGCCAGGAAGAGUCGGCCCCACGGGAGAAAAAGGAGACAUGGGAGACAAAGGACAGAAGGGCACUGUGGGCCGCCACGGCAAAAUUGGUCCCAUUGGCGCUAAAGGUGAAAAAGGAGACUCUGGUGACAUCGGACCUCCUGGUCCCAGUGGAGAACCUGGCAUUCCAUGUGAGUGCAGCCAGCUGCGGAAGGCUAUUGGGGAGAUGGACAACCAGGUCACUCAACUGACAACCGAGCUGAAAUUCAUAAAAAAUGCACUGCCCUCCCCUGCAGUUGUUGCCGGCGUGCGUGAGACCGAGAGCAAGAUCUACCUGCUGGUGAAGGAGGAGAAGCGGUAUGCAGAUGCCCAGCUGUCCUGCCAAGUCCGGGGAGGCACACUGAGCAUGCCCAAGGACGAGGCAGCCAAUGGCCUUAUGGCUUCCUACCUGGCACAGGCUGGCCUGGCCCGCGUCUUCAUAGGCAUCAACGACCUGGAGAGAGAAGGCGCCUUCGUGUACUCGGACCGCUCCCCCAUGCAGACUUUCAACAAGUGGCGCAGUGGAGAGCCCAACAAUGCCUAUGACGAGGAGGACUGUGUAGAGAUGGUGGCCUCCGGGGGCUGGAAUGAUGUCGCCUGCCAUAUCACCAUGUACUUCAUGUGCGAGUUUGACAAGGAGAACUUGUGAGUGCUGGCAGGCUGUAGCUCAGGGGGGGACAGCCGUCUGAACCUCAUCUUUUAUAGACACUCAGCCUUCCAGACACCAGUGGCUAUAAGCUACCCCUGAGCAUCCAUCACCGUGUCUGUCAGUUUCUUUCCACAUGGAAAUUCAGAGCCUCAUCGACCAAAGGGCUGUUUGAACCAUAGAAGGAGGGAACCUUAGUUUCCCAGUACUGUUCUGAAUAGGUGACGUUUACCCCCUGUGUCCAAGCCAAGACACCACCUAGAAGGAUGCGGUGAAGCUCUUGUCACAGUCUAGCCACAAAGCAUUGUAAAGGUUUCAGCGGUCGUGUGCAAACUGGCCAUGGGGGCAGGAGUUGCUACCACCUCUUAAACUACACAAAAGGCACCAUUUGGUGGCGACCGAUGUUUCUAUAAGUUACUCUAACACCUAGGUUCCUUUCACUAUUAUCCGUGUACGAAAGGCACCAUUUGGUGGCGACCAACGUUUCUGUAGGUUACGCUAACACCUAGGUUCCUUUCACUAUUAUCCACGUAAGAACACUGCAGCUCUGCUCCAAACCCAUACUCCAGGAACACAAAUAAAUCCUCUGAAUUUUGCUAUGCA